AUGAAGGGCGCAGUCGCCUUGUUCGCCGCUUCGGCCGCCCUGGCCAACGCUGGCAAGCUGCCCCCCGUGACCGUCAAGGGAAAUGGUAGGUAGGAUUCGCGGCAUCCAUCGCGCCGGGAACGCACGCAUGCGACGCAACGUAAAUCUGCACUCUCGCUAACGCUGCAUCAGCUUUCUUCGCUGGCAACGACCGCUUCUACGUCCGCGGUCUCGAUUACCAGCCAGGCGGCUCUUCCAAGGCCUCCGACCCCAUCGCAGAUGCCAAUGGCUGCAAGAGAGAUGUCGCCGAGUUCAAGAAGCUGGGCAUCAACACCAUCCGCGUCUACACGGUCGACAACACCGCCGACCACGACGAGUGCAUGUCCGCUCUGGAAGAUGCUGGCAUCUACCUGGCCCUCGACGUGAACUCGCCCAAGUAUUCCCUCAACAGAGCCGAUCCAUCCGUCUCCUACAACUCCAUGUACCUUCAGAGCGUGUUCGCAACAAUCGAUGCCUUCGCCAAAUACGACAACACUCUGCUUUUCUUCUCCGGAAACGAGGUCAUCAACUCGGACAAGACUACCGACUGCGCCCCCUACAUCAAGGCUGUCACCCGAGACAUGAAGCAGUACCUUGGCACCCGCGGAUACCGCAAGAUUCCUGUGGGAUACUCUGCUGCUGAUGUCGAGAGCAACCGAUUUGAGAUGGCGUCCUACAUGAACUGCGGUACCGAUGACCAGCGCAGCGACUUCUUUGCUUUCAACGACUAUUCGUGGUGUGACCCAUCUUCCUUCCAGCAGUCCGGCUGGGACCAGAAGGUCAAGCAAUACGGCGACUACAGCAUUCCCCUUUUGUGAGUAUCUCGACUUCAACAACACCUGGAAACUUGUACUGACUAUCGUUAGCCUGUCCGAGUACGGUUGCAUCACCAACAAGCGUCAGUUCCAGGAAGUCCAUGCUCUCUACAGCAAUGAGAUGACUGCUGUCUACUCCGGAGGUCUCGUCUACGAGUACUCGGAGGAGGGCAACGGCUACGGUCUCGUCAAGAUCAGCGGCAACCAGGUCACUGAGAUGAGCGACUUCACCGCUCUCCAGAACGCAUUGAGCGCCCAGAAGCCACCAUCGGGUGACGGCGGCUACAAGUCCAACGGCCAGCCGAGCAAGUGCCCAUCCCAGAGCAACACCUGGGAGGUCAAGGACUUCACCGGCGAGGCCCUUCCCGCGAUGCCAAACGGUGCUGAGAAGUACAUGCAGAAGGGCGCAGGCAAGGGUCCGGGUCUUACUGGAGAUGGCUCCCAGGAAGCCGGUGCCGGAUCGACUGGUACUGCCUCUGCAGGAAGUGGUACCGUCACUUCCACCGCCAGCCCUUCCUCUUCUUCUGGUGCUGCCAACGCUGUCCGCCCUGGCGAGACCAGUAUGGCUCCUUUCGUCAUCAGCGGAGUCGUCAUCCUCUGCACUCUUCUCGGCGCCACCCUCUUGUAA